AUGGCUUCCAUUAUCCGCAAGCUCUUCCGGCGCAAGAAGCAGCCCCCGCUGGUCUGUGCCGUGAAUCUAGAUGCCGAUGGAAACCCUGUUGGCGAGCAUCCCGACCAUGUGCACACGGAUGCUUGCUUUAUCAACUUUGAGCCUCUUGCCAUUGCGGAGCUAUUCCAGUCGCAGUCAUGCCAGUCAUGUCCUCCAGCUCUUCCUGGUAUCCAUGCCGCUACUGCAGACCCUAACGUGCUCCUCCUGAGCUAUCCCGUCACCCUCUUUGACCACACGGGGUGGAAGGAUACCUUCUCAAGCCUCACCAACGACGCCCGCCAGCGUGCAUACGCCAAACGCUGGGCUCGCACGAGCUUGUUCACCCCUCAGGUCAUAGUCAACGGCGUUGCCGACGGCAGUGGCCGGACCAAGGAAGAGAUUCAGCAAAUCAUCCAGCAGGGCAGAGACAUCCAGAAGGCCCGCGACUGGCACAUCUACAUAGACGCAAACGAUACCGAAGUCCGCGUCGACACCGACAAGCAGGAGGCAAACCCACACGAAGUCUCCCUCGUCGUCUACGCCAACACCGACCAGACCGUCAAGGUCGGCAAGGGAGUCAACAAGGGCAAGAAGAUUAACCACCGCAAUAUCGUGACCUCAAUCACAAAGAUUGGCGACUGGGUUGGCGGAAACGCAACUUGGUAUCUGCCCACGCCGCGAAGCGCCUUGGCACCUGAUCAGGGCGCGGCCAUCAUCAUCACGGACGGUGGCCUUGGAGGGCCGAUUGUUGCAGCGGCCAAGAUUUAG